CGGGGGAGGAGAGAGUUCGUCGGGGGAGGAGGGGGGAAGCGAGCAGCAGAAGAGAGAAAAGGGCGCUGGCUAUGGCGGCCCAGAGGCUUUGAGGACCGGAGACGAAAGGGAAGGAAGAGCAGCAGCAGGAGAGGAAGAGGAGGGAGAGUGGAAGGGAGGGAGGGGAGGGAGCGCAGGUGACGGGAAGGGAGGGAGCGGAGAGAAGAGGAGGCAGGAGGGGGAGAGGCAUGUCUUUUUACUCGAGGAAAUUGUAAGGAGGGGAAGGGAACGGAGGGGAGGGGAGGGGUGGUGGUGGUGGAGGAGGAAGAGGAGGAGGAGGAGGAGCAGGCGACAGGAGUAAGAGCAGAAGAAGGAAGGGAGAGAGAGGGAGAGAGAGAGAGAGAGAGAGAGAGAUAGGAGAGGUGGAGCGCGAGACGAGGUAUUCUGGGGUGAAAUGCGGGAUGGGAAGCACCGGCCUGCGCGCCUCUACAUUCCCCGCCGCCUCCUCCUCUUCCCGCUCGCUGCGCGCUAUUGCUAUUUUCCAGCAUCUUCAAAACUUAGAGAUCUUCAAAAGUGUUCACCUGUACACGGAAAAUGGUUCCGUCACAGCAGUCCAGCAAGAAUUCCUGCUCUCUCCGGGCUCGUACUCUCAAAUUAGUGACCCACUACCAUUCUACUUCAGUACGCCUACGGGUGUCGAACAGUUCAUGGGCACCCUCAAGCGCCUGACUGAGUUCGAGCUUUGGCAAUGCAUAUUGGAAUAUAGUAGUAAUGCACCUCUUGCUACUACUGUCGUCCCGUUUCUGAGUGUCACGAGGAAUCCGCAAUUGAGAACCUUGCCGACUCUGGCGAAUGACCUGAUUUUGGUUGAGAAGGCGAUCGAAAGAGAGAAAUUGUUGCAAUGUCCACCUCUGAGACAUCCGCCUUCACCUAGACAAGAGCAGGAACACUUGCCGGUGGGAACUCGAGGCUCACCUGAAGACACGAGAUCUUGGAACCCGAUCAAGUGGCUACCUAGCACGUCCGCCAUGUCUGCUUCUACCGGUCAGUCUGCCGAAUCUAACGAUACUCGCGAAGACGGGUUGGGUGAUGGAUCCAACCUGCAGUUGGAAACCCUGCACGAGUGGGGAUCUGAUUUAGAACUUGCCAGUCCGCGCAUGUUUGAUACUUGUCUGGGCUCUUCUUGGAGUACAAGCAUUUCGAGCGUCCCGUUCACAGCUCUGAUGUCUGCACCGAGCCCGACUUCGAGCUUAAUGACGAAUCACAAAACUGCUUGCUCUUCUUGGAGCUCUCCAAAUCUUGGACUGAAUUCUCUUAGUGGUACUUUCGAUUAUCACCUGGACUCUUCGUCCAGCCAGAGCAACUUCGGUCAUGGAAGGCUCGCCUUAACCUAUGACUUGCCGAGCCCUGGAGGGAAUUUGAGCUCCUGUCACUCAGAAUCCGUCCCUAUGAGCAUGAAUGGUGGGUUGGCGUACAAGGCGCGGAACUCUGGUCCUUUGAGGAAGGCAGUAGAGCGAACUCGGUCUCACUGCAGUGAUGAGAGUGUGUGCACGCCUCCCAUACUGAAUGAGAGGCAGGGGUCUGGAUAUUCUCUUCACUCCCACUCCCUGCCUCCUCAGGCGACAAAGUUGAGGCUCUCAGAUUGUAGCCACGAUCUGUCUCCACAAGAGACAAGCUCUUCUAGGCUAACCGAGACAAGCCUUUCCCGCAAAGAUGGCGUUACGACGAGGAAUAUGCUGGAAAAGGUCUCCGGGACGUCUAAUCAUCACCAACGCGGACCAACGGAGCGGAUGACCGAGAUCACUCUCAGUGAGCUGUCCAAUUACUUCAAUAUGCCGAUCACACAAGCUUCUAAGGAGCUCAAGGUUGGUCUGACGGUUCUGAAGAAAAGAUGCCGGGAGUUCGGAAUACCACGUUGGCCACAUCGGAAAAUGAAGAGUCUUGACAGUCUUAUCCACAACAUUCAGGAGCUAGCAAAAGGACCUGAGGGUAAGACUUCUGCACCAGUCAUGAAUGCAGUCAAGGAGCUAGAGCAUCAGAAGAAGAGAAUGGAGGAGAGGCCUGGAAUUGAGCUUGCGGAGCGCACUAAGAGGCUCCGUCAAGCUUGUUUCAAGGCUAGUUACAAGAAACGCCGACAGGCUCAAACUCUAGCUCAGCAGGAGUCAUAUGAGGUUUCAGGGGCAGUUCCUGUAGACCAAUGUGUCUCAACCCUGGUCUCAUGACAUAGGGGCUCCCUUCCGUCCAAAGUUUCAAAUCAAAUAGAAGCAGGGUUUAACCAUGCAGGUAUUUACUUAGAAGAUGCUACUUGAUAUCAUAACCUUCCGUUUGCUCCCCCAGACGUCGUCUCGGGGUAGACUCACAAGGAGGUAGACAUUCGUAGCUGUUGUCUUAGUCGACUACUUGGUGGUGUGGCAUCCAGGACCAGCAUUUAGAUGCGAGACCCUGCACACAUAUUUUGAGUGUUUUGCUUGGUGUGUUCCGUGUACCAUAGGACACUCAAGAGGGUUGCCUUGAACUAGAUAAGCCAAAAGACCAAGAUGUGAUUUGUGGAUGUUGUCAAUCACAUCUUGCUCCAGUGCAUGUCUUGUGGCACUGCGUAGUAUUUAGCUAGCUUUAUAUUGCAUUAGUUGGAAAUUGGACAAGGUACGGUGGGCGGGUCUGUUGUACCCGCCUUGUUAGCCGUUGCACAGAGUAUAGAACUCUUUCCAAAGUUUUUUGUUCCAACCGAACACGACCUAUUCUAUGUUUAAAAUACAAGUAAUAGUUCAACUGUGUUGUUUGUAAUUUUACAUCGGCGUUAUAAAACUUU